CAUGGAAAUUAAUGUUGAUUGUUUAUCAGUGCGGUGAAAGGUUACAAUUUGAAUUUUGCAAUAAUUCGUCAUUUUGCAAUUUAGACCUAUAUAAUUUUUCAUUCAGUCAUUUUGAUAUCAGUUUCCAUACGAUAAUGGAUAACAAAGUUAUGUCUUGCAAGGCUUCUGAAAAAUUAAUGAAUUUUCGUUCACCCUUGAACGAAACUGCAAAAACUCCUAAUAAGGCUUCAGGAUGUACUUGGCAUAGAAAUGGAGAUAUUCAAUCGCCUCACAGAAAAACCGAAUGGAAGAAAUCUGAAAAAAUCCUUCCAAAUAUACUGCAUUCAAUAGGAAAUACCCCAAUGGUGAGAUUAUCUAAUUUAAUGAAGAAUUCGAAUUUGGAAUAUGAACUACUAGCCAAAUGUGAGUAUUUCAAUCCUGGGGGUUCUGUGAAAGAUCGAAUUGCCCACCGGAUUGUGGAAGAUGCUGAAAAAGCAGGAAUACUGAAACCAGGCGCUACAAUAAUUGAACCCACUUCUGGAAAUACUGGUAUUGGUCUCGCACUUGCAGCUGCUGUUAAAGGGUACCGUUGUGUAAUAGUUAUAUCCGAGAAGAUGUCAAAUGAAAAAGUGGAUGUUCUUAAAGCUCUUGGUGCCGAAGUGGUCAGAACUCCUAUCUCAGCUAGUUCCGAUUCACCUGAAGGACUAUUUGGUGUAACUAACAGACUGAAGAAUGAAAUUCCCAACUCUAUCAUUCUCGACCAAUAUAGUAAUCCUGGAAAUCCUUUGGCGCAUUAUGAUACAACUGCUGAGGAAAUAUUGGAUCAAUGUGAUGGUAAAAUUGAUAUGAUUGUACUUGGAACUGGUACAGGUGGCACCAUGACAGGCAUUGGAAGGAAGAUUAAAGAAAAAUCACCAAACACAAUCGUUGUAGGUGUUGAUCCUGAAGGUUCCAUUUUAGCACUACCUGAAGAAGUCAAUAAAACAGAUACCGAUUUUUACGAAGUAGAAGGAAUUGGCUAUGAUUUCAUCCCAACUGUUUUGGACCGUAAUGUUGUUGAUGAGUGGGUUAAAAUUAAUGAUCAAGAAUCUCUGCCAAUGGCUCGUAGACUUAUUAAGGAGGAAGGUCUUCUAUCUGGAGGAAGCAGUGGUGCGGUUGUUGCUGGUGCUCUGAAAGCUGCCAAGAACAUGAAGAAAAAUCAACGUGUUGUAGUUCUCUUACCCGAUAGCAUAAGAAAUUACAUCACAAAAUUUGUUUCUGAUCAUUGGAUGGAGUCAAAAAAUUUACAAGAACCUGUAAAUACACAAAACCAUUGGUGGUGGGAUACUGCUGUUACAGAAAUCACAAUGCAACCUCUAACUACAGCUAAACAGAGUAUACAGUGUUUCAAAGUGUUGAAAAUUAUGAAACUAAGUGGAAUAGAUCAAAUACCUAUUGUUGAUAAUGAUGGCUCUCUUGUAGGUGUGGUGACUAUGCAGAAUUUAUUGAAUAAACUUAUAGCAAAGAAAAUAACUGCAAGUGAUGAAAUAUCGACUAUAGUCGAGAGAAUUUUCCCCAAAAUAUCUAGCUCCGGAACUUUGGGAGUUGUUUCGAGGACAUUGGAAAGGGAAUCAUUUGUGGUUGUUGUAGACAAAAACAAAGCACUUGGUAUAAUCACUGCUGUUGAUUUGUUACAAUUCAUUGCCACAGAAGAAGGUUGCCGAAGAAAAACAGAAGAGAAUAAUCAUCUAAAUAAUUGAAGGUGCAAUAAUUUAUUGAUAUUGUUGUUUCAAAAUAAAAAUGUGGAAGUUUUUAGGAAAUUUGUGACUUUCUUUUAUGUAGUUUUGACUGAAUUGAUAAUAUAACGAUUUUUAUAAUUACUUAUUUACUAAUUUGAAUCUGUAUAUAAUUCUAUAAGAGAAAAUAUAUUGUCUGGGAUUAGUUUCCAAUAUAGAUAAUUGUUCGAAAAUAAAUAAUUUAUCAAAAUGUA